AUGUCCCUGCUCUGUGUUUGGAUAUUCGCGUUGUUGACGACUCGUUCGUUGUCUACGCUCGUGACGGAUGCUAUUAACUGGGAGUCGUUUCUUGGACGUCAUAAUUUGGAGUGGGGAUGGUCGCACGCUGAUCACGUGUGGAGUUUCCUGCCAGCUGAUUGGACGUUGGCGCCUUUCACUGGCAACGGGUUGCUAGGUGCGCUAGCUUAUGUAUGCGAUCAUGGUCAGGGGCCAGGAGGAGCAAGAUGUGCGUCUGUUGGCGAUACGCCUGAAUUCAGAUUGGAAAUUGGGAGGCAAGACAUUUAUGAUCAAAGACAACCAUACGGGAACUUGUGGGAACGUCCACGUCUGCCUGUCGGCUAUCUUCGUCUACAAACAGCCGGCACAAUGCAAGCUGGCAACAUGACUCUUGAUCUAUGGAAUGCACUUCUAAACGGCACAAUAAUCACAUCCAAAGGCGAAAUAACAAUGAAAAUACUCACACAUGCAGUUCACGACGUCGUCACCAUACUAUGGAACACAACGAGCGGGGAAUCAGACGCUAAAUGGAUUUUUGAACCCGAGACUGUUUGUUACGGCAGUGAAGAUGAUUGCCGCGUACAUUACAAUCCCAAACAGAAAUGCUCGUCGUUUAAACCAUCAACUGGUGAUGACAGCAGUGAGGGCAUGUUAUGCACUCAAUUGCUUGAGUCUCCAUAUAUGGGCAAUUUUAGCUCAGCGCUAUUGCCGGGUGUACAAGCGGGUCAACACUUUCUUUAUGUUACCAUCUCGAGUAGCGUCUGGCCGUAUAACACGACUGUUAACGCUCAAGUUGAAGCGAUACGGACACUAGAAAACGUCUCGAUUUCGAAGAUACCUGUUUUGCUAGAAAGUCAUAAGAACGUGUGGCACUUGUUUUAUCCGAUGAGUUUUCUCUCGAUCAGCGACACGCGUCUCGAAGCAUUCUAUUGGAUACAGAUGUAUGUGAUGAGAUCAGGUAUGCGUGCUGGCGGGCCGGUGCGAGACCUGAUUGGUCCGUGGUUUAUCCACUCCAAUUGGCCUGCCAUUUGGAACGACUUAAACCUUCAACUGACAUAUUGGCCGGUGUACGCAUCCAACCAUCUCGACCUUGGCAGAACGUUGAUCGACCACUUGCGUAGAAACUUAGCAAAUGGACAUUGGACGUGGAAUUGUGUGAAUUACGGGGGAAUGUUUAAUCUCACGUACAGCGAUGCUGCAGGAAUCGGCGGUGCUUGUAGCUCUGAUGGUUUCAGUCCGAUGAAAACGAUAGAGACAGAUGACGCCGAGUUUGGUAAUCUGCUGUGGCUUUGUCACAACGUCUGGCUGCAGUGUCAGUAUGAAUACAACCAGACGUGUUUUCUCACUGACCUGCUUCCUCUUCUAUCACGGUCCAUUGCUUGGUAUCGUCACUUCCUGGUUAACGAUGGCAUUAACUUGCGGUUGCCUCCAACACGAUCUCCAGAGUAUCCACUUCCACUCGGUUGGGAUGCAAGCUACGAUAUUAGCCUCUUACGCUGGAGUUGUGACGUACUCAUCGAUCUUUGCCAAGACAACACCAACAAAGUAUCAUACCCAUGCAAUAUGACUAACUUUUGUGAUGAAGUUCAGGAACUACUCAUUUCGUUGCAUGUUGACAAUAACACGGGAAUCAUGGUUUAUGCCAAUAGAACAUUCAGUGUACCACACAGGCAUUUUUCUCAUCUUCUCGUGUGGUUACCAUUGCAUGUCUUUACGAUGGAUAACAAGACAAAUCGUGACAUCUUGGUGAAGUCGCUGGAUACGUAUUAUGAAGUUACGUUUAAGUCAAAGGAGAUGACAGGCUUUUGGUUUGCAGCCGUAGCAGCAAUGUCUGCACUGGCUGGACGAGGAUCCGCAGCUAUUGGUAACUUGACGUCUCUCCUAGAGCAUCAAAUCACACCAAACACUUUCUACAUGGAAGACGACAAUCCUGUUCCCGAAUCACCAGCAGCGGCUGCAUAUGCUCUCCAAACAACUCUGUUGCAGUCUUAUGGUGGCAUUAUUAGGAUAUUUCCUGCAGUGCCAAGGAGUCAGCGGCUGCAAUGGUCACAGGCAGUGUUUUAUAGACUCAGAGCUGAACGAGGUUUUCUUGUGUCUGCUCUGAUGGAUGAUGUUGUUCAGUGGAUCUUGAUAGAGAAUGAGAUGGGUGCCUCUCCAUGUUCCAUCGAAGUCGACCUCAUCUAUCCUUUUACAUUUAAUACCACCUCGUCCCAAGUGACCGUCACAUCUAUUGGACCAAAGAGAAUCGACAUCUUAGGAUUACAACGAGGCAACUCUGUGCUCAUAUACUCGACGAACAACAAACCUGACAAAUUUGUAGUGCAAGAAGUGGUUGGGAAUCAGACUGAAUAUCAUUAUUAUGGAUACCACAAACACACUGCCACCACAACUUUUCAUGCCAGCGAUUGAUAUGAUGGUUGCAUGAUUGACAUUACUUUGUCUUGUUUUUUUAUUCAAGGAUAAUGUUUGUAUAAUUUUUUUAAGAAAUGAAAUUGAUGUUGUCUGCUUGCUACGUGCAAUAUGUUCAUAAAUUUGUAUUAAUGCUGUUGAGACAUUAUACGUACGUUGUCACAAUUUUGAAGUAGUUGGAUACAUAAAAACAAGGCAAACAAGCAACUGGAGAUCCUUUGAUCCGGGCACACCACUGGGUACUCACGGCUUUACG